UGCCCUCUUGACGUCAGAGGGGGAGUUCUGUGAUCAGAACUUCCUCACACAUUUGAUUUGACUUAUUUUGUCUCAUCGCUACGGACGCUUGGGAGGAAUGAGGUUUAGCCUCAGUCUCGCAUAUCUCUUUUCGUACAACUUGCUUCAGUUCUAUGGACACACAUGGAUUUUCACAAACAUGACAGCCAGAUUUCUCUCUUUUGGGGAAGAUGCCCAGGCUGGCACCUUCUACUUUGUGGGCGUUAUGAUGGGUGCUUGUCAGCUUCUGUCUUUGUUAGAACUGUUUCAUAUUGCAGAUGGUUUUGAGGAGUGCAGACUUUUCCCUCGCUUCAUGCAGGUAAUGGAGAGAAAUGUCCUUCUGUUUCUCCUCAUCAGUCUGGAAGAGUUUCAGAGUAAACCAGUCGUGUGUGUGCAGUUUUAUCUGUGGAAUAUACUGGGCCUUCUAAGGUAUCCACAUGAGUUAUUUUGCCUUAUAGGCACACCAUAUUUUAAAAUGCUAUGGGUGCAUCAAACACUCUCGAUCCCAGUGUACUUGCUGUCUGCUGUCACAGAAGGAAUAAGCAUUUUGCAUAUGUUGCCAUACUUGUCCGAGUCUGAAGGAAUGGAUUCGGUGCGGCUUAAAGUACCUGCAUCAAUAUUCAUUUAUUCCCCAUACAUUCUUAUGGGUUGGUUACUUCUUCUUGUAUUAGGAUCCAGUUUAACAGUACUACUCUUGCUGAAGGAAAGGAAGGAGGAUCUUGAGAGCUGGAAUAAGAAACUGAAGAAAGACUAACCAGAGAAAUUAUCAGUACAGGUUCUCCUUUUCACCAGUGCCAAACAUUUUAACCUUAGGAGUAUUAAUUGGAGGCGGAGUGGCUUGUUGAACUCCGCCCUGUGUCGAAACACAAUUAUGUUUGUUUGUUCAGUGUUACAAUUGUAAGUAUUUACAGUUUUUUUGAAUUGCUAAUACACAUUUCUUAAAAC